CUUAUCAGAAAUAUUUUCUCCUUCAAAAUAGUCACAAUCAGAUAAAUUAUUAUAGUUUUUUUAAGUGAAAUUUAAUUUAAAAAAAUUAAAAAAUCUCGCUGAGAAAAUGUCUGUUAAUACAGCCCACGCCAAUAAUGGCGUAUUAAUACACGCUGGAGAAUACAUCUUAAUCCAUAGCGACAACAUAUCGAUGGACUUUUCGGGCCAGGACAACCCGAUUUUUCGUGGCUCCAAGCAGGGUCGUAUUUAUUUGACAUCCCAUCGGUUGAUUUUUAAUAAUAAAAAAUCAGGCGAUGAAAUGCAGUCAUUUAGUGCACCGUUUAUUGCUAUGAAUGAUGUCGAGCUUGAACAACCUGUGUUUGGAGCCAACUACAUUAAGGGCAAAGUACGUGCCCAACCAAAUGGUAAUUUUGUGGGUGAAGUUAAAUUUAAGCUUUACUUUAAAUCGGGUGGUGCUAUUGAAUAUGGCAUGGCAUUGCUACGUGCUGCUAAAACGGCCCAAAGCAACUACCAUAAUAGUGGUGGAGGCUACGAUGAUCCACCACCAUAUACACCUUCAGGUAACUGGCAUGAGGCACCUCCACCAGCCUAUCAGCCACCACCUGGCUACUACGGUUGGUUGCCGCAACACGAUGCCUUUAGUGGUCCAGCACCGAAUACUGUUUUUAUGAGUGAUAAUCCACCACCAUACCCAGGCAUUGGGGGACCACCACCAGCAUAUAAUCCACAAGCUCAGGGAUUGUAUCCAUCGGUUCCAACACAUCCCUAUAAUCCACAACAACAACAGCCAUACAAUCCACAACCAUACAAUCCACAGCCAUAUAAUCCUCCAGCUCAGGAUUGGAGUGGUUUUGGCAUGCCUCAACAGCCACCACCACAACAACAGCACCAACAAAACCAGAACCAAAAUCAACAACAACGCAAUGGCUCAAAUAAUUCGUCUCAACAACAGGAGGAAAUGCCCUCAUGGAAUGGUUUCUCUUUGCCACCACCCGAUGAGGAGGAACGUCAACAACAACGCCAACAACAAAAUCAACAAUCAUCUGCACCUCCAGCCCAUACUGGCGGCUGGGGAGGUGGGUAUCCACAACCGCCUCCAUACGGAGCGCCUUCACAACCUUAUCCACCUUAUCCCGUGUAUCCCCCACAAUCCGGGUAUCCACCAUACCCACCACAACCACAGCAAUUUGGAGGUGGUUUUCCUCCUUAUCCUCCAGCUGCUGGCGGUCCUCCACCACCAGCAGGUGGCAUGGGUUUCACUGCACCACCAGCCAAUUCAAAAGAAGCAGAGGCCUUAGCAAGUGCUUUUAAUACAACUGAAAAUCAACGUCAAAAUAGACCCGGGCCUAGUGAUAUGCCACCAGCUUAUGAGGACUUGCCUCCAAACUACAACGAUCCUAACCGCAGAUAUCAAUAAAUAAAUAAUUGAAGAUUUUCUAAAUUUAUAUUGUAUUGGUAUUUAAAUAAUAAUGGUCAUUCCCUACUAAAAUGUUGCUUUGCUUCUAUAUAUAACCAAAUAAUGUUAAAAUUCUAUUGAUAAUUUGUAGUCAACAAAUAUUUAUUUCUAAAUUGUUUUUAAACAUUUAUUUUGUUAACAUUUUUCGUUAAUCUUUCAUUUUAACAACUUUAUUACAACUUAAUUACUAGUUGAAUAAUUUGUUUUGAUUUUUUUUUCUUUUUUUCUAUAUUGUUUAUUUAUUUUUUUAAUAAUAAUUAUCUUUACAUAUUUUUUUUUGUCACAAAAUAUAUUGUAUUGGUAUUUAUUUUUCUAUAAUUGUAUGUAUUCAAUGUAUUACACUGUAUUUAAAAUUUUGCAUAUUAACUAUAAUUAAUCAAGAUAAA